ACUGUCAAAAAUUUGGUUGAUUUUAAAAUGUAAACUUCUGUUUCUACAAUACAAUGUACAUUUUAAGGAAACUCGAUUGAGAAUUAGAUCUACCUGCUAGCAGCAUUUAUCAGCACUUUUGAUUUUGUCUUUACGGGCUCGAAAGACAUGAACGGGUAGUAAAAGGAAGGACGAGAAAGCCGGAAAAAUAAUAGUCAAACCAAAUGCUAAAGUAAUACAAAAAACACCUAUUUCAAAAUGAGUUUUUUAGGUGAUAGUAUCGUUAUAUUUGUCUCCCAAGUGUUUUUUUUCAUCGGAGCAUGGAUUUUUUUUGUGAAACAGCUCUUCAAGGAUUAUGAAGUCAGACAUGUGAUGAUUCAACUUUUAUUUUGUAUAACUCUUACUUUAUCAUGCACCAUGUUUGAACUAAUAAUAUUUGAAAUAUUGGAGAUGCUUGAUUCAAGUUCAAGGUUUUUCUACUGGUAUUUCAUGUUAUAUUUUCUACUCUUCAUACUUAUAGUGGUUAACCCUCUAUAUUUAUCAUUCUGCUGUAUCAGCAAUGUUCCUUAUGUGAAAUCAGAAUACAUCAAACAUGCUACAAUCCUUGUGUGGAUAGCUUUUCUUGUAAUAUUCUGGAAAAUAGGGGACCCUUUUCCAAUUCUCAAUACGAAACAGGGUUUGUUAUCAAUUGAGCAGUUGGUAUCAAGAAUUGGUGUUAUCGGAGUAACUGUGAUGGCUUUAUUGUCUGGAUUUGGCGCUGUCAAUUAUCCUUACACAUCCAUGAGAUAUUUCAUGAGGGAAGUUAACAUUUCUGAUGUGCAUAAUAUUGAGAAAAAACUCAGACAAGCCAUGGACAUGAUUCUGGUGAAGAAAAAAAGAAUAGCCAUAGCAAAAAAACAAAUGGCAAACAACUCAUUGGAUUCGGUGAAGCAAAGCAUCUGGGGUAUGAUUGCUUCCGCUACUUCAAGAAAACAAGAAAAUAUAACACAAUUGAAACUAGAAGUUGCUGGUUUAGAAGAACUAAGCAGGCAACUAUUUUUAGAGGCUCAUGAAGCCCGAAAUAUGUUAGAAAGAAUUGAAUGGUCAAAGACGUGGAAAGGCCUUUAUUUCAAUUUUCUAGGAUAUAUUUUUUCAGUCUACUGUUUAUGGAAAAUUUUCAUUUGCACAGUUAACAUUAUCUUUGAUAGAGUGGGUAAAAAAGACCCUGUAACAAGAGUAAUUGAAAUAGCAAUUCAUUGGAUGGGUUUCAAUUUCGAUGUUAAUUUCUGGUCUCAACAGGUUUCAUUCUAUCUUGUAGGAUGUAUUGUAGUAACAUCCAUUAGAGGAUUGCUCCUGACUCUAACUAAGUUUUUCAACAAAAUAUCCUCAAGUAAAAGCUCAACAAUCAUAGUGCUUAUUUUUGCCCAAUUAAUGGGCAUGUACUUUGUGUCAUCUGUUUUACUACUGAGGAUGAAUAUGCCUCCCCAAUACAGAAAAAUCAUAACCCAAGUUCUGGGGGAUCUGCAAUUCAAUUUUUACCAUCGCUGGUUUGAUGUUAUAUUUUUAGUGAGUGCUCUGAGUAGCAUCCUUACUUUAUUCCUUGCACAUAAGCAGCCUGUUAGAGACAAUAUGGAAUCUGAAUGAAUGAGGUGUUGUGUACACAUCCAAUAUACACUGUAUUCGUUGAAUUCCUAUAUAUUCACGUCCCUCACUCUGUAGUCCCUGCAGAUUAAACACAGCCAAAUGGUAUACCUUUAUAUCACGGGACAGAGAAGUGACAGAUCUGAAUAGAUUUGUAUUAACCAAACACGCCCAAGCACAUAUUAAUAAACUCAUGGCAAGAUCAUUUCCAUAAUGUAUAUAUUAUGUAAUAGGAAUGUAUAUAAUAUAUUUGUAUUAAAUUUCAUACAUUUCAAUGUUUCAGUAUAUACAGACUCCUGUUAUAGCUGUUAGCAUAUCCCAUUGAAUUUUUUAUAGUUUAAUAACUUUUAUUCCGUAAUUAAGUGUUUAAGUAUUAUUAUAAGGUUUUUUAUAAUUUUAUUAUAUACUUCUGAUAUGA